UUUCUCGUAUAUAUUUCAUAUAACAGCCACAAUUACAAAUAUAUUUUAUAUAAGAGAUCACGAUGCAGGAGGAAUGUCGUGUGAUUGUGAUGCGACAAAUGCCAGAAUUGGUUAAAUUAUUGCUGGAAUCGAACAUGGAGAGCGAUACCUAUACGUAUUGCUUGGAAGUUGCGCUCUGUCGGCUAGAGAACUAUUCCAAGCCUCUAAGCAGCGCGGAGCGUAUCUCACAAAAUCUAACCGACUUUCUGGAUCGCUAUCUGUGCGAGCAGCUGCCGACUAUGGCGCACACAAUCAAAACGCUCUCCAAUGUGAUUAUCGACGAUAUCAGUAUAUCGGAUUGCUUCAAGUUGGGUCUGCUAGACUUUCUGCUAUCCGUUAACUUUAAGGCCUUUCGCUCGGCUCGCAUUCACUACGAGGAGUACAUGGAUCGAAGGAUGAAAAUACUCGAUGAUCUGGCAGUAGCGCAGGGCAACGCCAGUUCAGAAACCAGAAAAGAGUUCAGUUUGGAUUCAUUUAGACAAACGAUGAAUACGAAGCUGCUAAGCAGUUGUGUGUCAACGUCAGAGGAAGACGCUCUCAGGGAGUCCACAGCCAGUUUAAAUACGGUGCACUCGCGAGGAGUCUCUGAGGUGACUUCCACGUUAGCUCGAUCUAGUUCUGGAGAAGUCUGUCCAAAUCCUUUGCAGAAACAGUUUAUCAAGCCAAUCAGCUCCUGCACUUUGGCUCGUUGCAACGAGCUGGGCAGCAAGCGCCUAUUCGUUGUAGCCUUCGGCAGCUACUUGCGUAGAAAGUUCAGCAACGCGACGCAGUGCUUGCAGCAGUACGGCGAGGAUGGCUUUGUCACACGCGAAAUACUGGGCAUGUUCUUUCUGCCGGGCGAUUGUCACUACUUCAACGUUGUCAACCAUUUGAUACAGCUGCGUCCCAAUGUCAUUAGCAAUGCGGAGACAAGCCAAUUGGUUGUUGACAAGUUUUUGAAGCCCCUGCAGUAUAUGCAAAUGAUACAGCUGUAUAUCAAUUGCUGUGAGACGCCCUAUGAUAAUGGCGAAACAAUCGAGACUUUGACCAGUUUGACUGCGGCACUCGGCCGCAUGAUCAAGCCAAUUGUGGAGACGCUCACGGAGUUCGAGCGUAGCUUGUCCAAUGACAAGGAAGGGUUAGGGCUGCUUGACUUUCGACGUGCCACAAAGGCCAGCUUUAAGAGCCUUGAGCUUUUGUGGAGCUUGGCUGCGGCCAGUUACAUCUCCUAUCCGGCUGAGUUUGGCAAUGAGCCGCAUUCACGUAGUCAACACGUCUUGUGCAGCUUGGUCGAGCUGACGGCACAAGCAUUAACCAUCAAGGACCAGGGCAGGCGGGCCUAUUCGGCUGCUUUGCUGUUGCAUGUGCUGCAGGUGCAUUGCCGCUUCCUCGACAAUUGGUGGCGGCUGGGCGAGUUCAACGACUGUCACGAGGAAUUCGUUGCCUACAAAUCGGAGAAGAAUGGACGAACUGAAUAUGUGAUGCGUUCCUUUGCCAAUGGACAGCCCUAUAUGAAAAUCUGUAAGAUAUACAAGAUUAUAAAGCGGCACAUCGAGUCGGCUGGACCAGCACUCGCAGCUCUGUACGAUUCGAAGCGUUUGGCGGAGUUUGUGAUCGAGCAUAAGUCGAUGCUGGAAAUAAAUCUGCAUCAGACAGUUGUGCGAUCCAUGCAUCAACAGCUCAAAUUCUACGAGAUGCCGUCGCAUAAGACAGCCGAGUCCGGCCCUGACAUAUUCUUUCAGCUAAAAUCGACCGAAGAUGAUCAGCUGCGUUGCCUUUACUACGUGUACUACAAGGAGACGACCUUAGAGUUGAAUCAACCGGAAUUCUGCAACAUUGACGAGCUGCUGCAGCGCUGCCAAAGCUGUGUGGCCUACACGCCACUCGUGGAGCUCAUCUGUCGGACACUCGAGCGCUAUCUGGAUCAGCGUGUUCUGCUCUUGAAUCGAUAUGUGGCCUUUUUAAUCAGGGAUCGACUGCAAUUGGGCAAGGUGCUGGAGGAGUUACGCGCUGUCUACUUGCUGUUCAACUUUGAGCAGUUUGCUGAGCAAUAUUCAGAGGCAUUUGGCUACCUGGAAAGUGGAUUGAUUGACAAGUCUGCUCUGCAGCUGCAGGCCAUUAUGAAUGAGUAUAGUUCUACGGCAUUGCAUGGCAGUGGUGCAUUUACUGUGUCGCUGCCCACUGAAAAUAUUGAGCAGCUUUCGCUGGUCUAUAGCGGCGAAGGCAUGUUUGCUAGCAUAAUUACAGAACAGCAGCUCAAAAGCUACAAUGAGGCAUUUCGCAUGCGAUUGCAGUUGCAUGUGACGGUGCAUCGACUGCAGCAGCUGCCACAGCUGAAUGGCGAUCAUGCGGUGGCCGAGUCUCUGUCCCAGCUACAGGCAACAGUGCUGAAAGCCCUGGAAAAGCAAUUCAGAAUGCAGCCACUGAAAAAGGCGGCGGCUCAACUUGAUGAAACGCUGCGACGCAGCGAGAAACAAUCGCAACUGCAGACAGCGCAUCUGGAAUUCGUGCAGCUGAUGACUUCUAGCUUAAAGCUAACUGUCUACCGUUCGCAGCACGAGCUGCACGAACUGCUAACAAUGGCACGCAUCGUCGUCUGUCUGUGGCGACGUGUUGAAUAUAUAUACUUCUACAACAUGACAGCGAACCAGGAGAGCGACUAUGAGGCGCAGUAUGCGCUGCAUAAUAUGGCCUAUCUAAUAUCUGUGACGGCUGCUACGAAAGCCAUGCGCUGUUUGCAUCCGCUCAAGGACAUUGUCAAAUAGUUUUUAUAUUACAAAAAAAGUAAAAUGAACCU